CUCACAAGCUGAGCUUCUGUGUUGCAGGUACGUGGCCGUCGGCAACGAGCCAUUCUUGGGAGCAUACAACGGCUCCUUCAUCAAGGUCACCUUACCGGCUCUCGAGAACAUCCAGAACGCCCUAAACGACGCCGGCGUCGGUGACCGGAUAGGCCACGGUACCUCUUAACGCCGAUGUGUACAACUCCCCAGCCAAGAACCCUGUGCCGUCGGCGGGCCGCUUCCGCUCCGACAUCUCGGGCAUCAUGACGGACAUCGUCAAGUUCCUGGCGAAGAACAAGGCGCCCUUCACCGUCAACAUCUACCCGUUCCUCAGCCUCUACCUCAACGACAACUUCCCGCUCGACUUCGCCUUCUUCGACGGGGCCGCCACGCCUGUGCACGACAACGGCGUCACCUACACCAACGUGUUCGAGGCCAACUUUGACACGCUGGUGGCGGCGCUGGCGGCGGUGGGUCUCGGCGAGGUCGGCUGGACCACCGACGGCGACAGGCGCGCCAAGUCGUCCCACGCGCAGCGGUUCUACGACGGGCUGCUGAAGCGCCUGGCGUCGAACCGCGGCACGCCGGCGCGGCCGAGCCAGCACCUGGAUGUGUACCUGUUCGGGCUCGUCGACGAGGACCAGAAGAGCGUGCAACCCGGCAGCUUCGAGCUGCACUGGGGCAUCUUCCGGUACGAUGGCCAGCCCAAGUUCGCCAUGGACCUGAGCGGGCACGGCCGGAACACGGCGCUCGUGCCGGCGAAGGGAGUGCAGUACCUGUCCAGGACGUGGUGCGCGCUCAACCCCAAGGCCAGCAGGAACGACCUCGGCAAGCUCCUCGGCGCCAAGAUCGACUACGCGUGCACCAACGCCGACUGCACGCCGCUCGGCUACGGCUCGACGUGCAACGGCAUGGACGCCAAAGGCAACGCGUCCUACGCCUUCAACGCAUACUACCAGGCGCAGAGCCAGAAGGACGAGGCCUGCGACUUCCAAGGCCUCGCCCUGCCCACCGAGACGGAUCCCUCCACCGCUGCGUGCAACUUCACCAUCCAGAUCGCCACCUCGGCGGCGGCGGCGGCGGGACGGCUCAGCGUGGCGGCGGUUGCUGCCGCGCUGGUGGUGGCGUCGGUCUAGCUCUCGCUGUCGUGGUAGUGUUAGACGCUGCUGCCGUGUUUGUGUUUUCAUUCUAGAGAAGAUCAACGGCGAUUGUUGACUUGUAUUCUGCCUCGUUUUGGACGCGAUCGUAGAUGUUUUUCUUCCAUUUAAA